UUCUUGGUCACACCAUCACAAUACCAGUAGCGCGCAUAUAAUACAUCGUGUCGCAGGAGCGAUCUGACACUUUGGUUUCCUAGGACGCCGGAGGCUGAGCCGAGAGCAUGCCGGCGAUGGCUUCCGAUCCCAAGAAAACGUUCGUGCUCGUUCUGUGUUCCGUGCUGUUGAUGCUCGCCGGCCUUGCUCGUGCCGGCAACUUCUACCAGGACGUGGACAUCACCUGGGGCGGCGGCCGUGGCAAGGUCCUGGACAACGGCCAGCUCCUGACGCUGUCCCUGGACAGGUCCUCCGGCUCGGGCUUCCAGUCCAAGAGCCAGUACCUGUACGGCCGCUUCGACAUGCAGCUGAAGCUCGUCCCGGGCAACUCCGCCGGCACGGUCGCCACUUUCUAUCUUUCGUCGCAGGGAUCGCUGCACGACGAGAUCGACUUCGAGUUCCUGGGGAACGCGAGCGGCGAGCCGUACACCGUGCACACGAACGUGUACAGCCAAGGGCAGGGCGGCCGGGAGCAGCAGUUCCGCAUGUGGUUUGACCCCACCAAGGACUUCCACACCUAUUCCGUCCUCUGGAACCCCAACCACAUCGUGUUCUACGUGGACGGGACGCCGAUACGGGAGUUCCGGGACCGGGAGGCGACCGGGGUGGCGUUCCCGAAGAGCCAGCCGAUGCGCGUGUACGCCAGCUUGUGGGACGCGGAGGAGUGGGCGACGCAGGGCGGGCGCGUGAGGACGGACUGGUCGCAGGCGCCGUUCACGGCGUCGUACCAGGGGUACGCCGCGAGCGGAUGCACGUCGCCGGACGCGGCGGCGUGCGCGCGGUCCAACAGCCCGUGGAUGUACCAGGAGCUGGACAGCGCGGGGCAGGACCGGCUCCGGUGGGUGCAGACGAACUACAUCAUCUACAACUACUGCACCGACACCUGGAGGUUCCCGCAGGGGCCGCCGCCCGAGUGCUCGGCAAAGUAGAGUUUGCCCGUGGACAUGGAUUGGAUAUAUGGAACGUGACCGAUACGAUAAGUUGGCGCAUAAACGUACACCUAGUCAUGUAUGUUUUUUUUUUUGGAAUGAAACCAACGAGAACUCUGUGUUUGUUACAAUUACACCACUGUGCUCGUUAAUUGUGUCGAAGUUGCAACAGCGUGCGCUUGAAUGGAGACAACAACGUGGGAAGCCAGAGUUCACAUCGUGUGAACGCCAGAAGAACCAUCCACAAAUCGCCACGAAGAGGGGACGCGAAGGGCAAGUUUCCGCCAUGAAAUUGCGUCGGCUCUCGGCGUCUGGGUCUGCGGAAGGGAAAAUUCGGUGCUAAGCAUUAUCUAUUUUUACUGUCUAUUUGUGUUGAGAGAAGGGUUGGGUGAAAAAAUUAUAGAGUAUAUGAUAUAAUUAACGGAUAGAUGAGAGGAA